AUUUUUUUCAUUUAUAUAGGUUUAUUAACGCUUAUUUAUGUAAAGCUACUUUUCUCAAUAUAUAUUAUUAUUAUUAUUAUCUUGAUUAACCGUAUCUUUUCAGGUCAAGCGCACAGCUCGGUGGAACGGGCCGGACUUUUCGGCGGAGUAAAAUUCCGACUAUUGCCGGUCGAUGAGAAGUGUAAGCUUCGGGGCGACGUAUUGGCGAAGGCGAUUCAAGAAGAUAAGGAGAAGGGGCUUAUACCGUUCUACGUUGUCGCUACUUUGGGUACCACCGUUUCCUGCGCCUUCGAUCGUCUCGACGAAAUGGGCGUUGUGGCGAAUCGCGAGGACGUUUGGCUGCACGUGGAUGCCGCUUACGCAGGCUCCGCGUUCAUCUGUCCGGAAUACCGAUACUUGAUGAAAGGUAUCGAGCUGGCGGACUCGUACAACUUUAACCCGCACAAAUGGAUGUUGGUAAAUUUCGACUGCUCCGCUAUGUGGCUCAAGGACCCGACCUACGUCAUAAAUGCUUUCAACGUUGAUCCUUUGUACCUGAAGUACGAUACGCAGGGCUCAGCGCCGGAUUACAGG